UCUCGUUUCACCUUCAUCGAGCUCAGCUGCUGGGAUACUAGGACCGCGACGCCGAAUGGUCUCCUUCCCACCGCUAUUUCGUUCGCCAUGGAAGUAGCAGCUGUUCGUCGUGCCGAGCUGGAUCGCUGGUCCCUUCUUCAUUCGCCCGUGGUUUGUGAGUGUGAGAUUAGCGCCGUACAUGUUUUCCUCCGCCAGCGGAGGCAGCGCGAGAGCGAGGCGGGGGCGGAGCGGAAAAGGUGCACGAAUAGUACAUGGAGCGCCGCACGUGAGCGGGAGAAGCGGCGGCGCUCUGCUCAACAGGAUGCCGAGCUGCCGCUGGCAGCCCUGAGGUCAUCUCCGCCCCGAAGCCCACCCCCUCUUGAUCUCAGGCCAUCGUGCUCCUUAUCCCUUGAGCCGGCGACCCUGCUCGGCAGAUGGGAGGCGAGAUAAGGGGUGGUCGUCGUGCUCCUCUUCCCCAAGGUCUCCCAUGUCUAGGCCUUGGUUGAUACCGCCGCUGGCGCGCGGAAGAGGAGAGGAAUGGGCCGCCAGCACCUCCUAUCUAUCUCCACCUAGGUAAGGUAACCUGACCCGCCUCCCUUUAUAUUGGCCUUUACAUGCCUCCUUGAUUCAAGAAAUAGUUUGGUUAAAUAGUGGACUGCUUGCUCUAUUCGCUACCCACAGUAGAGUAAAUUUGUGCAUCUUUGCCUGAACCUUUCACCCUGAAACUUUUAUACUGGUCAAAAUCUGUCCUUUUGUUCGUUUCCAGGUGACCUGAAGUUCACGAAACCAUUAAGAAAUGGCCUCCAAAAAUCUCUAGGGUCACCCACGAAUCCAUUGUAGGGUAAAAGAUUGAUCAGAAAUGGAUAUUAUACAUUAGCAAUGAGAGAUUGAAGCUUUAACGUUCAUUGCCAACCUGUCUGACACUCUAGAAACUGUAUACUACUCAUGAAAGAUUGAUCAUCAAUGGAUAUUAUAUACUAAUGAGAAAUUAUGCCUACAUUGAUUUUCUAAAUGUAUGUAUGCCACUAACUCUUGUCAUUGUUUUUCCAAGGAUCUAUGGAUGAUCACGAUGAUAUGCUUAGUUAUUUCAACAAGAAUGGUGUUACAGUAACAUUUCUCUUGAAGAGAAAUACAUUACGCAUGCUGAUCUUUGUGUUGGCCAAUAACUAGGACAUAGAUGCAAAGUAGUUGAAUGGAACACACAAAUCUCAUGUUCACUUACAAGAGGUAUCUUCUGUGCACAUAAAUUCUAAUAAAUUUACUACAAUAGCUUUGCUCUGUCUCCUCACUUCAUAGGGUAUCAUGCUUUUUCAGUCUUCAGCACUUGUAUUUUUUGGGGGGAAUUUAGUACUUGUGGUUAGCUAGAUUUGUUUGCUUAUUCUACUAUUUCUUUUGAGAAAUGCCGCCUGGCAGGGUUUGUGAUGUUACCGGUGGUCUGAAGCUUUUGUAGAAGCAUUUGUGUGUCCUCGAGCUUAGGAGUUAUGAGUUCAAGGAGCGGUGGUAGAAUGUUGUGAUCUGCUGUGGUGGUAUUGCACUCUUGCUGAUCUGUUGCUGAAGAAUUAUCCUUAACUUCAUUAGCUAUUGCGAUGUCCUUUUUGGAGGGUAGGACUGAUGAAUUUUCUCAACGUUCACAUCAUUUAUAUCAUUUCUUUUUGCUGACCCGGAGCUGUGGACUAUGACAACAGCCAACAGAAAUUCAUCAGUCCUACCCUCCAAAAAGGAAAUCCGAGUAAAUCCGAGUAUAUCAUUUAUAUUCUAAUCUCUCUUUCUUGUGUGUGUGUACAGAUUUGCUUACAUCGAGUAAAUCCGAGUGAAUUAUUUCUACUUUGAGUGCAUUUGCUUUCUUUUUUUCGUAUUUUGUUAGGUUGAUAAAUGGGUAGUUUCUUGUUUAUUAUUGAAACAAAAAUAAAUAUAUGCAUUCUCUGUGAAUUUGAACAUGAAAUUUUGUGCACAUCUGUCCUCUCAUUUACUUUGAUUUACCAGUUAUCAGAUUUUUUCACCUAUGUUUCUCUUAACCUGUAGUGAAUCUGAACAUUAAAUUAUACACAUAUUUAAAUUAAAUUGGAAAGUACAUCUAGAAUUUUUAAAUUGAACACAUUGGCAUAGAAGUACCAUUUGUUUAUAUCGGUCUUCCUAGCUAAACCAUGGAACUCGCUCAAGCAUCUGUGGUAGUAGGUUUCAUUCCACGUGCACAUAUAGCAUCAUCAUUCCAAGAUUGAAAUGAUUUUUUUCAGCACUUUGCAGAAAAGCUUCUUAUGAUUGUGAAUGAUACAUUUCUCCACUUCAAGCCAAAAGCCAAGUUCGAAUCAGUUGAAUAUGCAAAUGGAGAGGUUGAUCCUGACACAUAAAGGCGAUGCUGCAUUGGAGUUCAUUAGACAUAUAUGUAUUUUUGUUGCUCUGGAUCAGAAUGCUCAGCAUGAUAUUCUAGCAAAUCUCUAUUUAACCAUUGUCAACAUAUGGCUACUUUUUCCUGGUGUAUUUUACUUUAUACAGUGAUCUUUCGUUUGUAGCUACACGAACACCUGUUCAAGAUAAUUGUGGUUAAGCUCUAA